AUGGAUCCAUUUAUAUCCUGUCCGUACGAGCCAGCACACCGCGUCCCUCAGUCUCGUAUCCAAGCUCACAUCGUCAAGUGUCAAACCAAGCACCCGGAGCUGAGUCCGUGUCCUUACAACGCGACUCAUCGUCUGCCGAAGACAGAGAUGAAGAAUCAUGUGCUGGCCUGUCCGUCGAGGAAAGAAAUCUUUCCUGACGAUAAACCGCCAAAAGUUGUAGCAAAUAUUACAGCUCCGAAGUUUCUACGACAGAGAGACUACUUGUUGGAGUCGGAUCAUAAUAACGAGAUGUGGGAUUAG